AUGAAUACCACAGAUCAGAAGUUUGCAGAACUCAAACAUUUGCCAUGGAUAAACGCUCUGUAUGAACCAGACGGAGACCUAGGGCUAGGCUUAGAAAAACUGUCCCCCGGUGUCACUCCUUUGUUCUACAACAUCUACAGACAGAACAAAAUUGCUCCAAUAUUUUCUUUCUACAUUAACAGAUACUAUGGUUUUGUCAACAUUGGCAAGCCUGGGAAGACAUUCAAAAUGGUGAUGGACACGGCUUGGGCCUACACCUGGGUUCCGUCCGUGGAAUGCCCCCUCGUCAGCAUAGCUUGUGCCCGACAUGAAAGAUAUGACCACAGUAGAUCAUCGACUUAUAAACCUGAUGGCACCAACUUCAACAUUUCCAACACUUAUGUUGGAUAUCUUUCCAAUGACUUGUUCUUGGUUGGCCAGAUGAAUACCACAGAUCAGAAGUUUGCAGAACUCAAACAUUUGCCAUGGAUAAACGCUCUGUAUGAACCAGACGGAGACCUAGGGCUAGGCUUAGAAAAACUGUCCCCCGGUGUCACUCCUUUGUUCUACAACAUCUACAGACAGAACAAAAUUGCUCCAAUAUUUUCUUUCUACAUUAACAGGAUAAUCCAGGCUUGCUUUCAAAUGUGCUCGGACCCAGAGGCGCAAGAUGUUUUGGCCCGACAUGAAAGAUAUGACCACAGUAGAUCAUCGACUUAUAAACCUGAUGGCACCAGCUUCAACAUUUCCAACACUUAUGUUGGAUAUCUUUCCAAUGACUUGUUCUUGGUUGGCCAGAUGAAUACCACAGAUCAGAAGUUUGCAGAACUCAAACAUUUGCCAUGGAUAAACGCUCUGUAUGAAGCAGACGGAACCCUAGGGCUAGGCUUGGAAAAACUGUCCCCCGGUGUCACUCCUUUGUUCUACAACUUCUACAGACAGAACAAAAUUGCUCCAAUAUUUUCUUUCUACAUUAACAGAGAUCCUACCACAAAACGAGGAGGCUCCAUCUUCUUCGGGGGAAUUGACUACAAACACAACAAAACGGCCUUUACCACUCUAGAUGUGACUUCUGAUUUCUACUGGGAGUUCCAAGUGGACAAAAUCGCUCUAGUGAUGAGCAAGAAGAGCCAGAAGGAGUACUGUAAGAAUGGUUGUAAAGCUCUCGCUGACACCAGCGCCAACACCAUCAUCGGUCCAGCUGACGAGAUAAAUGACAUCAACAGACUCGUUGGAGCCACCGAAAUAUUUUUUUCAAACCGAUACAUGAUUCCAUGCAUCAAUGAGUUGAAGGGACCAAAGGUAAAGUUUACCAUUGCCAAUCAGGACUUCAUGAUCCUUGCUCGAGAUUACAUUCAGAAGGUCUCCUACUCAGGUAUUACCAUAUGCCCAUCAGCUUUCCAGCCAGGGGAGAGCUCCACCGGUCCCGAUCAAUGGGUACUGGGAGGAGGGUUCCUUUACCAGUAUUAUACGGCUUAUGAUGUCGUACGUCAUAAAAUACUUAUAGCUGAGGCGGCAUAGGCUGCGUUCCCACGUCUGAGUGCCUGAACAUUGGUGGAAAAAGUUAAAGAAGACAUCACAGAGAGUUCUGAGGAGCGGUCUCCACCCUGAAUUCCUCCAGAGAUAUACAAAAACAUCACACCAACAACCUAGCUCACAAGGACCGCCUCUCUCCGUAAGUGCGACCCAAGAUGAUUCAACCCAACAUCAACGGAACAAUCUUCACAUCCAGUAGCAGCUCAUCCAUCGUCUCAACUGCCAUCACAAUCACAAUGAUAUUCUAUCCAACCAGUCAGCCAGUGAUGUGUCCAAUCUAAAGUGAAAGUGAAGUCAUUUCCCAGAAGUGUAGUGUUGAACUAAGUACCAGUGCAUCAUUUGUUUCUGUAGAUCCAAGUAGGCUUUAGAAUAAUGUUAAGCCUUACUAAGACUGCCAAGCAGGAACCACAAAAACCCCAUCUAUUUUAAAUGUAAAUCCUUCAUUCUUGUUUCUAAAUUUCCAGGGUUAAAAAAAAAUAUUAAUUUCAGAGUAAUUUUUAAUUAGUAAUAAUAUUUUUGCUAUUGGUCUUACUGAACAUUGGCUAAAAACAGAAGAUGUUGCUUUAGCCUAUCCUGAUGGCUUUUGUUGUGGUAGUGAUUACUGCAGAACUGAUCAUAAUAAGAGGCCUUUUAAUUUUUUCACCAACAUUUCUUGUAGGAAAUGUGUAAUUUGGAUCACUUUUGUUCUGAAAUGAGUUUAGAAGCAGAAGAGGUAUUUAUCGAGCUGAUUUUAAAUUAAUAUUUGUUUCAUUUUAUUACUCCCACCUUCAAACGUUGAGGUUAAAACAUUUAGGUAUUUCUUGAUAAUUAUUUUGUUAGAUUGUUAACUUAUCGGAGGAGACUACGUACUGUACAUAUAAAAAAAGAUUUGACUUGCCUCAGAACAACUACCUCUCUAAACAAUUGCUUAAUAUACUCCGACAGCACAAUUUUCACUUCCUAAAUCACUAACCCACUCAAGGCAAUAAUUGCCUGGACAAUGUAUUAACAAACUGUAAUAAAAAUUCAAAUAUAAGCUGUUAGUUUUUGUUAGUGCUUACGGUUUAAAAGAUUUAGUUAAACAGCUUCUAGUCAAAACUCAAUUUAAGAAGCCUCUAUCUGGUUUGAAUCUAAUAGCUUUCUCUUAAACAAAGAUAAAACUCUAAACAUUGUUUUUGGCCUUAGAGAGUGCAAAUUAAAUAUAUUGGAUGGCUAUAUAGAGAAUGUUAAGUUUCUUGGUAUUAUCCGGAUAAGCAGAUUACAUAAACUUCUAAGCUUUCAAGGUGAAUUUUUCUUACAACUAAAUUGAACACAUUGUAUGGAUCAAAAAAAUCAAAAUUAUAUUAAAACAGCCUACUUUACUUUUUUCAAUCUAUUUUUAAAUACUAGUAUGUGGGUACUAAUCCAUAGUAUCUCCAGGCAUUUAAAUUUUUUUUAUUUGUAAAGGUGAUUUUCCUAUGAAAAAAAAACUUAAAAUAACAGA